AUGUCCAACUCUACAGCUGCCGUCAAUACCCCGGCCUCGUCCAGUUUUCUCUCGAGCACCCUCGCCCAAGCGCCAACCCAAUCCUCGACUCAAGAUGCCGCUCAGUCGUCCUUCUCGUCCCUCGUCGCAUCCUCAGUAUCAUCCGAGGUCUUCUCUUCAGCAACCCAAGCGGCCAGUACUGUGACUGUCGAGCCAUCUUCGGCCAACGUCGUCACCUCGGUCGUAUCUGCCUCUUCGCGACCUGCCUCCACCCAGCUUAUCACAUCAGUCGUCACCGAAAGCGCUCAAAAUGGCGGCUCGUCCAACGCUCCCGUCACAGUUGUUGUGACGUCUGUAUACACUCCCUCGACCACCACUGCCGCCCGAGGCUCUUCGGCCUCUUCUGCAGCUAGCUCCUCAUCUUCAGCAGCGGGAAGCCUACCCAACGGUACUACAAACAAAGGCUCAGACAAUGGACAUGGCCUUAGCACCGGCGGAAAGACCGCCAUUGCUGUCGUUGUUCCUGUCGUAGUCGUCGCGCUUCUGGUUCUCGCUGGUCUGUUCUUCUGGAGGAAACGCAAGCAAGGAAAGAUUGCCAAGGAGGAACGCCGAAAAGAAGUCGAAGAGUACGGCUACAAUCCCAACAACGACCCUACGCUGCCUGUUGUCGCUGCCGAUGGAUCUGAAAUGGCCGAGGACUCUAACGGGGGCUACCGUGGCUGGGGCAAUACCUCCAUGUCGAACCGCAAGGCUUCGACUACCCUUUCUGGCGGCCAUACUGCUGGUCAAUUGAGCGAUACUGGAAGUCAACCUGGAGGCUUCAUGCCUAGUAGUCCAACUGGCAACAACUUCUCGGAUGGACACAGUGGUGACACUCUGAUGAACCCACGCGAGACUUUCAGUAGCGAUGACCUUGGUGCGCUUGGCGCAGCCCCUGUCGCUGGUGCUCACCGCAACAACAACGAUAUCCGUCGCGGACCUUCCAACGCAUCCUCCUCUUAUUCUGCCGGAAACCACAGCGAACGUUCAGAUGUCUCAGCCGGUGUUGGGCAGUCAGGCCAAGCCUACUCGCCUACUGAGAUGUACGGGGGUAGCUACGGUGGCUUUGGGCAGCACGGUCCAUACGGCGAUGGCUCGUAUGGCGGCGGCGACAGUGGCAUGCCGAUCGUUCGUGAUGUGAGCGCUAGAAGAAACACACGCAUCGAGGCUGGAGGCAACUACCAGUCGGGAAACAGCGGUAUCGCACAGAACUUCUGA